CAACUUCAGAAUUUGGAGGAUGCCUCUGAUGACAUAAUGAUGCUGGAUGAUGGUGACUCACUGCUGAUACCCUACCAGAUUGGAGAUGUCUUCAUUAGCCAUUCCCAGGAAGAGACAGAAGAGAUGUUGGAGGAGGCAAAG